UCUGCAGCUCGUCAGUCAGCCAACCUCGUCCACAACGAAGACUGCUCGGCUCUUUUUUUUUCUUUCCCUGCCUCCUGGCCAUCAUGUUCCGAUACUUUUCUUUACUUCUUGCAUUUGGAUGCGUAAUCCAUCCGUCACAUGGGACAGAGGUGAUGGUGAAGGACAAAGAUGACAAGUUGUGCCUUUAUGCCAACCUCAUGGUCAAUUUCUCCGUUUCGUAUGAGGCGGCUGACAAUAAGAGCAGUACAGUGCAGUUUGAGCUUCCCGCCAAUGUCAUGUCAGAUGGCAGUACAUGCGAGGAAACCAGCUCCACGCUGCUGCUCAACUUCGGAGCGGGCCACUCCUGGAGUGUGAAAUUCACUGCCAACGGGAAUGUGUACCAGGCAGACUCCAUCACGUUCACCUACAACCUCAGCGACUCCACCAUCUUCCCUAAAUCUGUGUCAAACGAAACCGUUUCUGUGACCGCGAGGCCUCACAUCACCGACGUCGGCAUGGACACCUGCUACUCCUGCAACAGCAAAGAGACCAUUCAGGCCGAGUCGGUCAAUCAAACCCUGUGGAACAUGCUCAUCCAGGCUUUCGUCAGCAACGGCACACAGAGCAAGAACUUGACCACCUGUGCUGCCGAUCUGCCCACCCCCGCUCCCACCACGCACAACGCCACCACAGUAGCUCCCGUCACAAACGUCACCACCCCUGCCCCUCCUCCUACAACCACACCCACUCCAACCAUGCCUACACCCUCCACCGGGAAGUACAGCAUCAAACCGGAUGACAACAGCACAGCCUGCCUGUUGGCAAACUUCGGCCUGCGAAUCGGCGUCAAGCAAGGAGAGAAGUAUGAGGAGAUCAACCUGGACCCCAACAGGACCACUGUGUCUGGAUCGUGUGGUGGCAACAGCAGCGAGCUGGUGUUGGUUUCUAACACCAUGACCAUCACGUUCGCAUUCACUAAUGACACCAAAAAAUUCCGCCUCCAGGAAAUGAAUGUCACCGCAACACUGAGUUCUGGCGCUGCCUUCUCUGAGGGGAACAGCAGCCUGAGCCUGUGGGAGGCGUCUGUGGGCAGCUCGUACAUGUGCAACAAGGAGCAGAACUACACCAUCACCAGCCAACUUAGCGUCUUCACGUUUGACCUUCAAGUGCAGCCCUUUGGAGUGAAGAAAGGCCUUUUCAGCACAGCCCAUGAGUGUCCGUUGGAUGACACCAGCAUCUUAAUCCCAAUCAUUGUUGGCGCUGCUCUGGCUGGCUUGAUUGUCAUUGUAGUGAUCGCUUACGUGAUUGGUCGAAGAAAGACUUAUGUUGGAUAUCAGACCCUUUGAGAAGCCACUUUGCAGAUCACUUAUCAAAUAUGGCAGGGAAGCCUGGUCCUUGGAUUCAUGUGCAAUGAACUCAAUUGGCUCUUGACAAUUUACCCCUCCUUCAAAAUAUCUUUUCUUACGCCUGUCAAAUAAAUUGAAAUCAUGAUGACAUGUUAAACAUGCACAAAGAGCAUUUCUGAGAGUCUGCAGGGACAAUAAUGUUUUUUUCCCCCCAAGGACCAAACUUGUCUGCACCACAUUUUUGUUUUAUUCUGUUUUUGUUCUUCAUUCUCCAAUAUUUGUUUUUUUUUGUGAAGGAGCAAAUGCAAAAUGUACAUUUGUUGGUGUGAACCCAUGUCAAAUAUAAUGUCAUCAGACCAAAGGCAAAAUCUUUUCGGCAUAUACACUACCGUUCAAAAGUUUGGGGUCACUUAGAAAUUUCCUUGUUUUUUUAAGAAAAGCACUGUUUUUUUCAACGAAGAUAACUUUAAACUAAUCAGAAAUACACUCUAUACAUUGUUAAUGUGGUAAAUGACUAUUCUAGCUGCAAAUGUCUGGUUUUUAGUGUAAUAUCUACAUAGGUGUAUAGAGGCCUAUUUCCAGCAACUAUCACUCCAGUGUUCUAAUGGUACAAUGUGUUUGCUCAUUGCGUCAAAAGGCUAAUGGAUGAUUAGAAAACCCUUGUGCAAUCAUGUUGGCACAGCUGAAAACAGUUUAGCUGGUUAGAGACUCUAUGAAACUGACCUUCCUUUGAGCAGGUUGAGUAUCUGGAGCAUCACGUUUGUGGGGUCGAUUAAACGCUCAAAAUGACCAGAAAAAGAGAACUUUCAUGUGAAACUCGACAGUCUAUUCUUGUUCUUAGAAAUGAAGGCUAUUCCAUGCAAGAAAUUGCCAGGAAACUGAAGAUUUCCUACAACGGUGUGUACUACUCCCUUCAGAGAACAGCACAAACAGGCUCUAACCAGAGUAGAAAGAGAAGUGGGAGGCCCCGCUGCACAUCUAAGCAAGAAGAUAAGUACAUUAGAGUCUCUAGUUUGAGAAAUAGACGCCUCACAGGUCCUCAACUGGCAGCUUCAUUAAAUAGUACCCGCAAAACGCCAGUGUCAACAUCUACAGUGAAGAGGCGACUCCGGGAUGCUGGCCUUCAGGGCAGAGUGGCAAAGAAAAAACCAUAUCUGAGACUGGCCAAUAAAAGAAAAAGAUUAAUAUGGGCAAAAGAACACAGACAUUGGACAGAGGAAGAUUGGAAAAAAGUGUUAUGGACGGACGAAUCAAAGUUUGAGGUGUUUGGAUCACACAGAAGAACAUUUGUGAGACGCAGAACAACUGAAAAGAUGCUGGAAGAGUGCCUGACACCAUCUGUCAAGCAAGGUGGGGGUAACGUGAUGGUCUGGGGUUGCUUUGGUGCUGGUAAGGUGGGAGAUUUGUUCAAGGUAAAAGGGAUUUUGAAUAAGGAAGGCUAUCACUCCAUUUUGCAACGCCAUGCCAUACCCUGUGGACAGCGCUUGAUUGGAGCCAAUUUCAUCCUACAACAGGACAAUGACCCAAAGCACACCUCCAAAUUGUGCAAGAACUAUUUAGAGAAGAAGCAGGCAGCUGGUAUUCUAUCUGUAAUGGAGUGGCCAGCGCAGUCACCAGAUCUAAACCCCAUUGAGCUGUUGUGGGAGCAGCUUGACCGUAUGGUACGCAAGAAGUGCCCAUCCAGCCAAUCCAACUUGUGGGAGGUGCUUCUAGAAGUGUGGGGUGAAAUUUCUCCAGAUUACCUCAACAAAUUAACAGCUAGAAUGCCAAAGGUCUGCAAUGCUGUCAUUGCUGCAAAUGGAGGAUUCUUUGACGAAAGCAAAGUUUGAAGGAAAAAAUUAUUAUUUCAAAUACAAAUCAUUAUUUCUAACCUUAUCAAUGUCUUGACUAUAUUUUCUAUUCAUUUUAAAACUCCUGUGGUAAAUAAAAGUGUGACUUUUCAUGGAAAACACAAAAUUGUCUGGGUGACCCCAAACUUUUGAACGGUAGUGUAUAUAAUAAAUAACAUGGCGCAGUAGGGACUUUGUUUAGAUGCAACUUUACAACCUUGCAUUUGCUCUGCAGACACUCUUCUUUUUUGUUUCCUUUGACAUGAUUUCAUGUUUCUUUGCACCUUUCAUUUGACAUUUUCUUCCUUUAUAUUUGUUUGAGUUAACAUGCCCAUAAUCAUUUACACUGAAGAAAAUGAAUAUUUCCUUUAGAAUUUAGAUGAAAAUCCUUGACUCCAGUAUAAAAAGAUAGUUCGGUUGUCUUUGCUAAAACAGUCAUUAACCAAGGGAAAGUGAAAGUGUGCAAGUCUGUCAAGAGUAGUGAAAGGAAACAUUAGCCAAUGUUUGGCCCUGCAGUGCGGGAGCAACAUUAGAUUUGUGUUGGUUUAGAAUGUCUGACAGACCUUUUUGACAACCCCCCCCCCCCCCCCCCCCCCCUCAGAAGACGUUUUGAUGUGUUAAGCUGAGAACAAUCUGGAACAAUCAAACAAUUGCUGAGACACAUCACAACGUCUGCUGCUAAAAGGGUCUGUGGACACUUGCGCACGUCAGUCUGAAGAAGUAUUUUCUGUGCUAGACACUAGUUUCUGAAAAGGGAAGCCAUUGUGUAGAUACUUUCAUUUAAAAUAGAUUUUCAUGUAAAUGCACUAAGAUUAUGUUGUUUUUCUUUGCAAUUUGUACUUGGAAACCAUGUCACAUGAUGAUGAUGCUAAUGUGCUGUGUUCCAGGCUCUGUAGGCUGCAGUCAAGUUAAUAUGUUACCUGGUCAUGUGACUGCAACUGUUGCAUUAGUCUCAUUUGAGUAUCGUAACAUAGACGAAUCCCAAUUUGAGAUACAGCAACACACAAACCACUUUUCACAUUGAAACUGUGGCACAAUUCUGGUGACCAUUCUCAAGAUUUGGGAUACAUUAUGAUGAAUUAGAAAUAUAGACAACUUUUCAAUAACACUAUGAAAACAAAAACAUCCUAUUUUUGUUUCUAAAAUAUUAUGGGGGUUUCUGUGUUGCACCUGAAGCCAAAAUGUUGGUGUGAUAGCAUCCUCAAUCAUCCUCAUCCAUCAGAGGCAGCACUGCAGCACUACCAGAAGCUCAGGAGAACAGCAGCUUGUGUCUUCUUUCUUUGCUUUUCUUUUUGUGUGUGUGUUGCUCUUUGGGUUUGGUGCUACAAAGGAGUAUUCAUUCCAAAUUGAGAGGCAAAGUUACAAUAAAAAUGCAAAAACAAGAAAAAUUGUAAAUUGGAAUUGUAAACUCACAAAGAAAGUCAAACAAUUACUGGAAUAACUUCAAUUGUUAGAUAAUGAGAAAAGGUCUGAAUGUUACAAGAAUUUUUUUUCUUGUAUUUCUCUGAAAAUAUAAUGAAAUUGUAAAAUUUGGGGUCGAGUGGUUAGCGCGCAGACCUCACAGCUUUUCUCCGGGUACUCCGGUUUCCUCCCACAUUCCAAAAACAUGCUAGGUUAAUUGGCCACUCCAAAUUGUCCAUAUGUAUGAAUGUGAGUGUGAAUGGUUGUUUGUCUAUAUGUGCCCUGUGAUUGGCUGGCCACCAGUCCAGGGUGUACCCCGCCUCUCGCCCAAAGACAGCUGGGAUAGGCUCCAGCACCCCCGCGACCCUCGUGAGGAAAAGCAGUAGAAAAUGAAUGAAUGUAAUAUUUGGCAUUAUAUUUGUACAUUUAAAAAGAUUUUCUUGAACAAUUUCAACUUUAUUCUCAUUAUCAUUGCUGUUUUUUAAGCCUAAUACUCCUUUGUAUGUUUGAACUGGGGCAGCAGUUUGACUUUUUUGUGGUGUUUUUUCGCAUUUUAAAAUGUUGCUUACCCAGGACUUGGUGUGUGUGUGUGUGUGUGUGUGUGUGUGUGUGUGUGUGUGUGUGUGUGUGUGUGUAUACGUGCGUUUCAGCAAUCGCAGCAACGCAAAUGGGAGCUUGUCACCAACUGCCGCUCAUGUUUUCAGCUUUGUGUCUGUCUCAAGCAACAUUUUCUCACUUUGCCACAAAAUCAGCCACUACCGUAUAAAUCGUGCCUUUGCUAAGUAUAAGCACUCGUGAUUCAUUUUAAUGAGCUGAUAUUUGGCUUAUUGUGAUGAGAAUUAUUCCUCCCUCGGUGUCGCACAAACAAAGGGAAUCUGUGUGAUGCUAUCACAAACUGGAAUUCACAGACUUGGUCUUUUAAAGAUUUUUGGAAUUCAUGCAAAUAAAAGUGUUGCUGUCCUGGCUCA